AAGCGCGCCUCCUGGCUGAAGGCGCAGCGUCCCAGAAGGCGAGAAUCACAGGUGUGCGCCGCCAUGUCUAGUUGGAGCCAGUUACGCCUGUUCACGUCUUCAGUUCUGUUGUCAAGCAUCACACGUUCGCAAAGGGGUCUAUCCCCUUAAAAUGUCACCCUCCUUGCCUAGAGUUCCCAUCCCUCUUCUCAGUCUUGUUACUUUUCCUUAGCCUCUAUUUAGCACACUGUAUGUUUUAUUUACGUGUUUGUUGCUUACUAUCCUAAAAUUAAAGCUCUCAGAGUCCAGAAAGUUUUGUUUGGUUUCCUAAUGUGUUCGCAGGUCAAUGCCUGGCACAUAAUA